GUGCGGGUUCUGUUCUCUAAGGGCCCGUUCAUCUCCAUCUUCGCCAGUGACCCCCACAUCAUCAUCAAGGCGAUCAACCAGAACCUGAGCAGCGUGCUGCGCGACUCCAACAUCAAUGGCCACGACUACAUGAGGAACAUCGUGCACCUGCCCGUCUUCCUCAACAGCAGGGGGCUGUCGGGCGCCAGGAAGAUGGCCGCCGCCGCCGCCGCCGCCACCGCCACCGUCGCCGUGGUGCCCGGCAACGCCAACGCCAACGGGGACGCCGCCAACGCCGACGGUUGGCAUGAGGAGUUAGACAGGAAACUGUCUCAGCACAGUUUGGGAGAACUGACUAAGUUUGGCAGCAAGACGACGCUCAACCGCCGGGACACGCACCGGCGGCGCCAGGCCCAGCGCUCCGUUCCUCGCCAGAUGUCCUUUGACCUCACCAAGCUGAUGGUGGCCGAGGAUUGGUUCAGCGACAUCAGCCCUCAGACCAUGAGGCGCCUGCUCAACAUCGUGUCUGUCACGGGCCGCCUGCUGAGAGCCAAUCAGAUCGCCUUCAACUGGGACCGCCUGGCGUCCUGGAUUAACCUCACCGAGCAGUGGCCCUACCGCACGUCCUGGCUCAUCCUGUACCUGGAGGAGAGCGACGGCGUGCCCGAACACGCCGCGCUCAGGACCAUCUACGAGAGGGUGGCCAAGAGCAUCCCGACCACCAAGGACGUGGAGCCGCUGCUGGAGAUCGACGCAGACGUUCGGGGGUUUGAGGUCUUCCUGUCCUCUCGGACCCCGGUCCUCACUGCCAGAGACAUCCGCACCUUCCUGCCCUGCACCGUGAACCUGGACCCCAAACUCAGGGAGAUCAUAGCAGAUGUCCGUGCUGCCCGGGAGCAGAUGAAUAUGGGUGGGGGUGUCCCGUACCCUGCCCCCCCCCUGCAGGAGGCCCGUCCCACCUCCAUGUACAGCCAGGUGUCCUCAGCGUGCUCUCCCUCCGCCUCCUUCAGCGGCCCGUUCAUCCCGCCGCCGGGCGCCAUCGUCUCGCCGCCGCCGCCGCACAGCAGCUACUACAGCGGGCUGGCCGGGCCACAGCACCCCUUCUACAACCGG